AUUAUGAAAAAGCUACCUUCCGCUGGAGCUGGAGUGGAGGCAGAUUUCUCAAACGUCAACCGAGCUUUCCUUCAAAGGCUAACCGAUAACACCGCAGAUAGAUGGCUAAAAGCCACGGAUCAGCUCUUCCUGAGUCUGAACGGUGAAGAGAAUGUCCCAGAAAUCCUGGAUAGAAAGCACUUUCACCAAGAGGGAAUGUGUGUACAUACUUCCAGUUUCAAAAGAUCCCCACAGAUGCCUUCCAGGAUGUCAGAUUUGCCAGCAGCUUGUGCGGUGCUGCUGCGGGCGUCUGGUCCGGCAGCACGCUGGCUUCACCGCCAGCCUGGCAAUGAAGUACUCGGACGUGAAGUUGGGUGAGAAUGAGACGCCCGAGCUGGAGGAAUGGACCGUGGAGAAGCACACCGAGGAGAACCCCACAGACGCGUACGGCGUCAUCAACUUUCAGGGAGGGUCCCAUUCCUACAGAGCCAAGUACGUGCGACUAUCCUACGACUCCAAACCCGAAAUGAUCCUUCGCCUUAUGCUCAAAGAAUGGCAGAUGGAGCUUCCAAAAAUCGUCAUCUCGGUCCACGGUGGGAUCCAGAACUUUGACCUGCACCCCCGCAUCAAGCAAGUGCUGGGGAAGGGCCUGAUCAAAGCGGCGGUGACCACUGGUGCCUGGAUCCUGACAGGAGGGGUGAACACAGGUGUAGCAAAACAUGUGGGCGACGCUCUAAAAGAGCAUUCUUCCCGAUCCUCACGGAAAAUUUGCACUAUUGGAAUGGCUCCAUGGGGAGUUAUUGAAAACCGGAACGACCUCAUCGGAAGAGAUGUGGUGGCCCCCUACCAAACGCUGCUGAACCCCCUCAGCAAGCUGAACGUGCUGAACAACGUGCACUCGCACUUCAUCCUGGUGGACGAUGGGACGGUGGGCAAGUACGGCGCGGAGGUCAAGCUGCGGAGGGAGCUGGAGAAGCACAUUAACCUGCAGAGGAUUCACGCCAGGAUCGGACAGGGCGUGCCCGUGGUGGCGCUGAUCUUCGAGGGGGGGCCGAACGUGAUCCUCACCGUGCUGGAGUACCUGCAGGAGAGCCCCCCCGUGCCCGUGGUGGUGUGUGAGGGGACGGGACGGGCAGCCGACAUCCUGGCCUACGUCCACAAGCAGACCGAGGAGGGGGGGGGUCUUCCUGAUGGUGUUGAAGCUGACAUCAUCGCCACCAUUAAAAAAACCUUCAACUUCAGUCACAGUGACGCCAUACACCUCUUUCAGACGCUGAUGGAAUGCAUGAAGAGCAAAGAACUGAUAACCGUCUUUCACAUCGGAUCUGAGGACCAUCAGGACAUCGAUGUUGCCAUACUGAGAGCACUGCUAAAAGGCACGGAUGCGUCCGCGUUUGACCAGCUCGUCCUCACCCUAGCCUGGGACCGCGUGGAUAUCGCCAAGAACCACGUGUUUGUCUACGGCCAGCAGUUGAUGGUGGGCUCUUUGGAGCAGGCCAUGCUGGAUGCUCUGGUGAUGGAUCGCGUGGACUUUGUGAAGCUGCUGAUUGAGAACGGAGUGAGCAUGCACCGGUUCCUCACCAUCACUCGCCUGGAGGAGCUCUACAACACGAAACAAUCCCCAACGAAUCCAACGCUCUUUCACCUAGUAAGAGACGUUAAACAGGGUAACCUUCCCCCAAAUUAUAAAGUCACACUGAUUGACGUUGGCCUUGUCAUUGAGUACCUUAUGGGUGGAACAUACCGAUGUAACUACACACGGAAACGCUUCAGAAUCAUCUACAACAAUCUCCAUGGAAAUAGUCGGCGGUCUGGACGCCACUCGUCGAGCGGAGGAUCCCAUCUGCGGAAAAACCACGAGUCCUUCAGCAUCCAGGCGGAUAAGAAGGAGAAGACCAGGCACAACCACUUCAUCAAGACCGCACAGCCAUACAAACCCAAGCUGGAGUCCUCGGGAGAGCAGUCCAAGAAGAAGAGCAAGGAGGAAAUUGUUGACAUCGACGAUCCGGAGACACGGCGCUUCCCUUACCCCUUCAACGAGCUGCUGGUGUGGGCCGUGCUGAUGAAGAGGCAGAAGAUGUCGCUGUUUUUCUGGCAGCACGGGGAGGAGUCCAUGGCCAAGGCCCUGGUGGCCUGCAAACUGUGCCGCUCCAUGGGCUACGAGGCCAAGAAGAGUGACGUGGUGGACGACACCUCCGAAGAGCUGAAAGAGUACUCCAAUGAAUUUGGCACUUUGGCAGUGGACCUGUUGGAGCAGUCGUUCAGGCAGGACGAGACGAUGGCCAUGAAGCUGCUGACCUAUGAGCUGAAGAACUGGAGCAACUCCACGUGUCUUAAGCUGGCGGUGUCUUCGCGGCUGCGGCCCUUCGUGGCCCACACCUGCACCCAGAUGCUGCUCUCCGACAUGUGGAUGGGCCGGCUGAACAUGAGGAAGAACUCCUGGUACAAGGUCAUUUUAAGUAUUCUGGUCCCACCGGCGAUCCUGAUGUUGGAGUAUAAGACCAAAGCGGAGAUGUCCCAUAUUCCCCAGUCUCAGGACGCCCACCAGAUGACCAUGGAGGACAGUGAGCACAACUUCCAGAACACAGCGGAAAACAUCCAGAUGGAUGUUUUCAAGGAAGUGAGGUUAAACGACAACAUAGAAGCAAAAAGCGAAACGGAGAUCCACGUCCGGCCAAGAAGGAUACCAAUCACCAGGAAGUUCUACGCCUUUUACCACGCUCCCAUCGUCAAGUUCUGGUUCAACACGUUGGCAUACCUGGUGUUUCUGAUGCUCUACUCUUACGUUGUCCUGGUCCGAAUGCCCAGUCGGCCUUCCCCACAGGAGUGGGGAGUCAUCCUGUACAUCUUCACCUCCGCCAUCGAGAAGAUUCGCGAGAUGUUUAUGUCUGAAGCUGGAAAAAUCGGCCAAAAGAUCAAAGUCUGGUUCAGUGACUAUUUUAACAUUUCAGACUUCCUCGCAAUCGUUACCUUCUUUGUUGGGUUUGGCCUCAGAUUUGGAACAGAUGACGUCUUUAUUGCCGGAAGAAUCGUUUAUUGCUUGAAUAUCAUAUUUUGGUACGUUCGGCUCUUAGACAUUCUGGCUGUGAACCAGCAGGCUGGGCCCUAUGUCAUGAUGAUCGGUAAAAUGGUGGCGAACAUGUUUUACAUAGUUGUGAUAAUGAUUGUGGUGCUCCUGAGCUAUGGGGUUCCCAGGAAAGCCAUCCUGUACCCGAAUGAGGAACCCUCAUGGACGCUAGCUAAAGAUGUCGUGUUCCAGCCCUACUGGAUGAUGUACGGUGAAGUGUACGCUUAUGAAAUUGAUGUUUGUGCAAAUAACACGGAGGUCCAGUCUCUCUGUGGCCCUGGAGUGUGGUUGACGCCACUCCUGCAAGCAGUCUACCUCUUUGUUCAAUACAUUCUCAUGGUUAAUCUUCUCAUCGCCUUCUUCAACAAUGUGUACAUACAGGUGAAGUCCAUGUCCAAUCUGGUGUGGAAGUACCAGAGGUAUCAUUUCAUCAUGGCAUAUCAUGAGAAACCAGUCCUCCCUCCUCCCCUCAUCUUACUCAGUCACCUGGUCUCCCUCUUCUCCUGUAUCUGCCGGAAGAGGAAGAAGGGCGGUGGGACCUAUGGACCAAAACUCUUUCUGACUGAAGAAGACCAGAAGAAGCUCCAUGACUUUGAAGAGCAGUGUGUGGAAACGUACUUCCACGAGAAGGAUGACCAGUUCCACUCUGGGAGCGAGGAGAGAAUUAGGGUCACCUCAGACAGGGUGGAGUCCAUGUGCAUCCAGCUGAAGGAGGUGGGGAACAGGGUGAACUUCAUCAAGCGCUCCCUCCACACGCUGGACUCCCAGAUCGGGCACCUGCAGGACCUGUCGGCCCUGACAGUGGACACACUGAAAGCGCUGACGGCCCAGCGGGCCUCCGAGGCCAGCAAGGUGCACAACCAGAUCACGCGUGAGCUCAGCAUCUCCAAGAACCUGGCGCCCAACCUGGCGGACCUGGGCUCCCAGUCCACCAAGUCCAAGCGAAGCGUGGGCGCGCACUUCGGCUCCUUCCCGCAGGGCGGGUGCGACAUGGCCGACUCCCUGUUCGGCAGCAGGGCGCAGGACGCGGCCUUUCGGAGGCUGGGGCCGGACGGCGGGCUGAGUCCCGAGAGGAGGGUCGCGGCAGCCCACGUCCCCGAGGCGGGCUCCUCGGGCAGUGCCUUAACUCAAAGUGCCGCGUCCCCCCCCGAGCUCCGGCUGAAGGGCCCCUCCUCCGCCCGUCCCCUGGACUCCCCGGGCCCCGACUCGGCCAGCAGCCUGCCGAGCGCCGCCCCCCCGGCUGCCGCGCAGUUCUUCGUCAGCUCCCCCUCCCAGCCCGGCGGCUCCAGCCCCCGGGGGCCCUCUCCCCAGGAUGUCCCGCCCCAAAGCGCCCUGGUAGAGUUUGGGGCGUUUGUCGGUCACAAAGAGGACUCUGAGCUCCUGAGAUCAUUAUCGAAAGAUGAGACUGCUGGAAGCGGACUGCUUACUCUAUCCAAGAAGGGCGAAGAAAUGGUUCACCCUGAAGGUCAGUUGAGGACAGUCAAUUCGUACGCUGGCUUCACUGAGUUUGACAUGAACCCAGUCUCACUCCAUCUUGAAACAACGCUGAACAAGCGAGAGAGGAGUCGAGUCUCCGCUGAAGAUAUUCCCUUCCACGAGGACCUGCGGGCGGCACAACUGCUGGAGAGGGUACAAGGCAAAUCAUCACAAGCCAGCUGUCUAACCCCAGGAGAAGAUGCCUUAAAUGCUGCAGCAUGCCUGUACACGUCCAGACACGCACAUCUUGGGUCCAGGAAAGACUCAAUUGGUUCCCCUUUCAAGCCUAUGGAUAUAAGCUAUCAAUAUUCAGCUGUGGAGCGUAAUAACCUGAUGCGGCUAUCCCAGAGUAUUCCAUUCACCCCUGUGCCACCCAGAGGAGAGCCAGUCACUGUGUACCGUCUGGAGGAAAGUUCCCCCAACACCAUCAACAACAGCAUGUCCUCCUGGGCACAGCGGGGGCUGUGCGCCAAAAUCGAGUUUCUCAGCAAGGAGGAGAUGGGUGGGGGCCUGCGGCGGGCACUCAAGGUGCUCUGCACCUGGUCCGAAUACGACAUCCUCAAACCCGGACACCUCUACAUCGUCAAGUCCUUCCUGCCCGAGGUGGUCAACACCUGGCAGAGCAUCUACAAGGAAGACACUGUGCUGCAUCUCUGUCUCAGGGAAAUUCAGCAGCAAAGAGCUGCUCAGAAACUGACCUUUGCCUUCAACCAAAUGAGGCCGAAAACUAUCCCUUACUCGCCCAGGUUUCUGGAGGUGUUUUUGUUAUAUUGCCACUCAGCCGGUCAGUGGUUUGCCAUUGAGGAGUGCAUCACUGGAGAGUUCAGGAAGUUCAACAACAACAAUGGUGAUGAAAUCGUCCCCACUAAUCUCCUGGAGGAAACCAUGUUAGCCUUCAGCCAUUGGUCGUACGAGUAUACCCGGGGAGAGCUGCUAGUGCUGGACCUGCAAGGUGUUGGAGAGAUUUUGACCGAUCCGUCUGUGAUAAAGAGUGGUGAAAAGGGAUCGUAUGACAUGAUCUUCGGUCCGGCAAACCUGGGCGAUGACGCAAUACGGAACUUCCGUGCCAAACAUCACUGCAAUUCCUGCUGCCGGAAACUCAAACUUCCAGAUCUGAAGCGCAACGAUUACACACCCGACAAAGUAACUCUAUCCCAGGAUGAACCCCCCGAGGACUCCCUGCAGCCAGGGGGCAGCACCAAAGAGCAGAGGCACUCGAUGCGUCUGAUGCUGUGAGCCACGGCCAGGACGCAAUGGAGGAAGCACUUUCAUAUCCACUGUAGAAUCAUCUCACCUCACAUCCAGACCGUUCCUGUGGACUGCGUGGGGGUUUCGUUCUUCCUCUGUUCAUUUUGUCAUGCACUGCAUGAUGGGAUAGGAAGCCUGGAGGACACUGAGCUCGGUCUCGCAGACCUCACAAGGAAGUUAUGUGUUAAUUUUUUUAUGGAAAAACUCAUGUUGUUGGCUGCAAAUAUGAAGUGAGACGGUGCAAUCAUUAAGAACCAUAUUGAUUUUGGAAUAUAUAAAUGGGGGAAGAACAACUUUUAACGCUUUUUUAAACCAGUUUAUAUGUUGAUAUUAGUAUCCACAGUGGCUAUCAACUUGUACAAUCUCAUUGUAUAGAGGGGUAUAGUAUUUAUUAUGAAUUAUGAAAGUUGCCUUGUAUAAAAUAAGCAAUUUUAAGUGCAUUGUCUACAUUUUUGUUAUGACAGGUUUGUAAGGGAGACCUGUUCAGAUUCAAACUGCAAGAACUUAUCUAGGGCAGAAUGUAAUCCAGUUUUUUAUAUAAAUGUAAAAACACCAUGUAGAAAUAUCUGUAUUAUGGCAUUUGUGGUACAUCCUUUAUUAAUAAAUACAUAUGGAUUGAAAAUCUUGUAAAAUAUGGGCAGAUUGCAAUGCAACUUUUACAGUACAAUAUAUGUAAUUUUAAUGUGUUGAAACUCUUUCUCUGAAACUGUGUCCACCAAAAAUUAAUAGAAGAGUUUUUAAUGUUACAGAGGUACUAUUGUCUUUUUGUCAUUCAAGUAUUGUAUGUGCAAAUUUUAAUCUAGUGUAUCUUAUAGAUACAGUUAUCUGGCACGAGCUAAAUAGAUUAAAAUUAUAGUUAUUUUAUGCUGGGGGAAUUGUGGAACAUAUUAAGGGUAUAAUACUGUAUACAUUUUGUACUGUAUAUCAUUUAAUCUAAUAAAAUAUAAAAUGGUUA